CUUUCUAUGAAUAGUUUCAGGGUUUUAUUGGUUCCCUUGCUCGUGGUUCCCGUGCUGACUGAUUAUGAUUGUGUCUGUAACUACAACGUGGAGGAAAAUGUGCUCGGGACACCAGGUGUUAGUCAGCCUAUAGGCUACCUUUAUGAAUUUGACUGUAAACCACAAGCAGGUCCGGACAGCGGAGACUAUUAUCAGGUCAUGUACGAAAAACAGAUAGCAUAUAUUCAUAAGAAUGCCCAGGUGCAGUUACAGACAUGCCCAGGCGACAUUCCAGAUGAAGACAAAUUAACAACAAAAGCUGGACAGAUUACUACCACAUCUACGCCGUCUACCACACCUGUCCCUACUACAGUACAACCCAACACGGUAACAACAACAAUACCGACAACAAGCACCACUGCCACGCCCAAAUCAACAACCACGCCCAUUCUUAUGACAGAUACAACGCCUUCACCGUCAACGAGUCCGCGUGAAUCAACUACAACAACACUUGCAAACACGACACCAUCUUCAGGAAUCCCAGAAGGACACAUAGAAAUAUGCCCAAAAUAUGUCAAGGACAUAGAUGUAAACCGUUUCAAUGGAUUUCUCGGGCAAUACGGCGAGUUUUGUUACGAACUAGUCAAUCAAGCUACCCAGUACAGUAACGCUGAAAGACACUGUGCCAUUGUUUCAACAGGGCAUUUGGUACAAGUCCUAAAUCAGGACGAACAAGAUUAUCUAGUGAGAUUUUUGAAUAAGCACAACUAUGUUCAAAGUGUCUGGCUAGGUUUAACUGACAGCGGAAAUGCCAAUGAAGGCACGUGGAGAUGGAGCUCAGGAGCACCAUAUAAAUUCAACAAUUUCAAAGGCGAUUAUACACAACAUACAUCCACCGACCAUAAACUUAAUGAUUGUGUCAUCCUUAAACAAGGCGGGGAAUGGACAGAUGUAGCAUGUGGUGUGACAUUUUUUCUUGGAACUGGUUUUGGAGAAAAACACCCAUACAUAUGCCAAUACA